AUUCAGCUGCUCCAGCUGUCGAUCUCCCCACUCACUCUCUCAGGGCCAUAGAGGCAGGAGCAGGACAGACAGAAGGACCACUUCAGCUCUUCAUGCUCACAACACACCAGGGACUACCACCACCAGCGGACUAGAACAACACAUCGAGCACAGAGCAACAGGGACACAAACUAGGGACCUGAAGAUAGCAAGAAGAAGAUUUCACACAGGAAAGAAGACUUGUCUAUACCACUGAACUGCUCUGAGCACCACAACAAGUCGGAAGCUUCUUUCAUCCUGACCUGAGGCGCCGUUACCUGUGUGACCCGCCGGCUGUGCCAGUGUGUGUUAACGCGUGUGAUCCUGUUCUAUCUGCCAGUCAGUACGUGAGCAUGCGGGGCGUGUGUGUGUCCAUCCUGUGUGUGUCUGUGAUCCUCCGCAGUGCUAUUUCACAGCCACCUACAGAAAGUGACACCUACACGGAAUGCACAGAUGGGUAUCAAUGGGACUCCCAGACUCAGCACUGCAAAGACAUAAACGAGUGUGAGACCAUUCCGGAGGCCUGUAAGGGUGAGAUGAAGUGCUUCAACCACUACGGGGGCUACCUUUGCCUCCCCCGCUCUGCCUCAGUCAUCCCAGCCCAGGACCCCCCCAGCCAGCCUGGGACCAACCUGGAGAGCACUGCCAGAGAGCCCUUCAACCCCUGUCCUCUAGGCUACGAACCCCAGGGAGACAGCUGUGUGGAUGUGAAUGAGUGUGAGAGAGAUGAACACGACUGCCAGCCCAGCCAGCAGUGCAUCAACACACCUGGAGCCUUCACCUGCCAGUGUCCUGAUGGUUACCGCAAGGUUGGCACCGAGUGCAUUGAUAUUGAUGAGUGCAGAUACAGGUACUGUCAGCAUCGCUGUGUCAACGUCCCCGGCUCCUUCUCCUGUCAGUGUGAACCAGGCUUCCAGCUGGCCGGCAACAACCGCUCCUGUAUUGAUGUGAAUGAGUGUGACAUGGGCGCCCCCUGUCAGCAGAGGUGUUAUAACACCUACGGUACCUUCCUCUGUCGCUGUGACCAGGGCUACGAGUUGGGGCCUGACGGCUUCGCCUGCAAUGACAUAGACGAGUGCAGCUACUCCAGUUACCUGUGCCAGUUCCAGUGUGUCAAUGAACCCGGGAAGUUCUCCUGUCAGUGCCCAGAAGGCUACCAGCUGCUGGGCACCCGACUAUGCCAGGAUAUAAAUGAGUGUGAGACCGGAGAGCACCAGUGUACUACAGGACAGACCUGUGUGAAUAUCCACGGUGCCUAUCAGUGUGUGGACACCAACCUCUGUCAGGACCCUUACAUCCAAAUAACUGACAAUCGUUGUGUUUGUCCUGUGACCAAGCCAGCCUGUCGAGACCUACCCUUCUCUAUCGUCCACCGCUACAUGAGCAUCACGUCGGAACGCUCCGUCCCCUCAGACAUCUUUCAGAUCCAGGCCACCAGCGUCUACCCCGGAGCCUACAACACCUUCCGUAUCCGCUCUGGAGACGACAACGGAGACUUCUACAUCAGACAAAUCAACAACAUCAGCGCCAUGUUGGUUUUAGCCCGGGCCGUGACAGGACCCCUGGAGUACACAUUGGACCUGGAGAUGGUGUCAGUCAAUCCCCUCCUGAGCUACCAGACCAGUUCGGCCCUGCGACUGUCCAUCUACGUAGGGCCUCAUGCCUUCUAGAGGAAGGGGAGAGAGACCGAAAGAGGGGGGAGGGGGGAGGGGGAGGGGGACACACAGUAUAGACGCAAGAGAGGAAAAAUAGGAAACACAGAACAAUCUAGUAUUGAAAGGGGUCAGAAACAGAACAGUCAUAAAAAAGGAAUACUGCAUCAAUAACGUAUGACUGAUAAAUAUGAAUACUACGAAGUAGUUUUGAUAUGCUGUACAUGUUUGCUCCCUGCCUCCUAGAGUAUCAUUCUCAACCGCUCCACGUUGCCCAUUACCCCAGUAACCUUUGGUACCAACCAAACACCCUCCAAUUGAAGAUCUAGAGAGAACCAAAAAAACGUAUUACGUUAUCAUUGUAUCAUAAUCAUUCUCAUCCCGACUUUGUCGUUCCCUUGCUUUGAACAGACUCAUUCUCACUCCUAUGUUUUCGUGCUAUUCCCAUUCCUUUAUGACAGUUUCCCUUAUCAUCCAUGGACACGACUCAAUAACCACUCAGAUCAAACCUCUUCAUUCGCCCUGUCGCUCCCGCAUCCAUCCCGCUCCUGAAUCAUACCUAGUCUUGGUGCUGAAGCUCUGACUCACUCACACACCGUUUGUAGCUUUGUAACGUUACAGAAAGCUGUAUCAGAAAGCUGAUACAAAAUAAAACGAUAUACAUUUAAA